AUGCAGCAGACGCCCUUUCGACCCGCCAACCCGAACCGGGGUGGCUCGUAUGAGCUUCCUUCGGUGCAGUCGGUGACGGGCGCAUUCCCUCCCGCCCCCGGGUUACCCUCCGCUCCGCCAAGUCGACCCGACAGCGGAAUGCGAAUGGCCCAUCUGUUGCAGCCGAUGCCAUCGAUUCAACAGCCUCAGCAGCCACUACCACAACCAUCCGCGUUGGUCCAGGGAUCGCUUCCCCCGCCGCCUUCUCAGCAGAUAUCUGCGCCAGGCCCAACCCCAGCUCCAUCAACUUCACCCUAUGCGCGAUUCUAUGAUUCAGCAUCAGGAUCUCCUGCAGAGAGUGGUGGCCUGCCCGAUGCGCCUCCGAUGGUAUCGAUGCCGGGAGGCCCGGGCAUGUAUCAAACGAGUCCGGUUGGGCUUCAGCAAUCGACCCCCACCCCGCUCCAACAGAAGCGAGCUUAUCGGCAACGCAGGAAAGACCCCAGUUGCGACGCCUGUCGCGAGCGCAAGGUCAAAUGCGAUGCGACAGAGACAUCUAAUUGCACAGAGUGUAUCAACCGCAAAGUUCGCUGUCUGUUCACCAAGGAGACGAAUCGGCGCAUGUCUUCGAUCAAGCAGGUCCAGGAUCUCGAGAAACAACUACACACGACCAAGCAGCAGCUCCAACAACUACGAUCAGGCAUGCUUCGACCAGAUGGGAUGAUGGAUAUUGAGGAAUCGCCAUCUGCACCUAUAAUCAAGCUGCCCGAGAUCGACUACAAACCUCCAAGACGACCCAAGGCGAUGAUCACGCAAGACUUGUCCCAGGUACGGUCGAACUUGCGCCAGCACGGCCGUGGGAUUUUGAAAGCCCCUCAUCCGCAUCGGCACCAAGGCUCCAAAUCCGUAGUGCCGGCCGAUGCGGCGCCACAACUGCCCCCGAAAGAGGUUGCCGACCACCUCCUCGCUCAGUAUUACCAAUGUAUUCACUCGAUUCUACCGGUUCUGCACUGGCCCGAGUUUAUCGAGGCGUAUGAGAAGUUGUAUCAAACAGGGUCUUUGACAGGCGUGUCUAGUGAAUGGGCGGCGGUAUUGUUUGGAGUUUUCGCAUGCGGCGCAGUGCAUACAACCGAGCCAAACCGAGAAGAAGAGGGCAAGAAGUUUGUUCGCAUCUCUUGUGGGAUUAUCGAUGUGUGGCAGGACGAGUUCAACUUGGAUCGAGUACGGGCGGCUCUACUUGCCAGUAUUUUUCUCUACGAAGUCAACUCCAAAUCCGCCAGUUGGGUCUGGAUCGGGUCAGCAGUGCGUGUGGCGCAAGAGAUUGGGUUGCAUAUCGAGUCUGGGCCAUGGCCUGAGCUGGAAGGUGAAAUGCGCAAACGCAUCUGGUGGGGAUUGUAUACUUACGACCGACUUUUAGCCCUCGAGAUGGGCAAGCCAGUCUUGAUCAACGAUCAGGACUGCGACAUUGACUUGCCAUGCCCUGUGGACGACCAGUCUCUUGCCCAAGGGAAAUCCGCUGAAGAUCAGUCUGCACCAUCUCCAUUACUCGCCACAAUCCACGUCGUCCGCUCCAUCGGCCAGCUCACCCGUACCCUCCGCUCCCCUUCAAUCAGCUAUGCAACUCUCGAAACCUUUGAACGUCACUUCACUAUUUGCCGUACAACCUUCCCAGCUCACCUCCAACUCAAGCAAGACACCGAUCUCGACCCCCGAUCCCUCGCUCCGAUAAUUUACCUCCAAAACGCCCGCCUUCUCCUCCAUCGCCAUAACAUCUCCCCUUACUGCCAGUCCGGCGUUCGCACUGCGGCCAUGGACUACUGUGUCUCAAUAGCAGUCGAUACAGCUAAUAUUCUCUCGCGCUGUAUGCGAAGUCACACGGGCACAGGGGACUGGCGAGCCCUGUUUGCCUCGAGCGCGGGCACUCUUCUCUGCACGCAUAUCUGGCGCUGCGCUUUAUUCCUCCUUUUCCGGCAAGAAUUCGCCCCAGCAUUGGCUUGUGUGCAAGCUAGUGCCUCCGUGGGUGAUGACCGUGCUGUAAAUGCUGCUUGUGGCCGGUACCUAGCAUUCUUCCUUCGAUGCCUCCUCGACCGCUCCCAACCCGGCGAGGUUGUAGAUCCUGAGCAGGACGAAGCGAUGAUGGCCUAUGUAUCUGGUGACAUGCAGGGAACUGCAGACGGUAGCUGGGUCUGGCAGGGUAGCGAGACCGGCGCGAAUUUGGAGAAUAUUCCUGGGCAGCCUUGUCCGGCACCGGUACCGGCUGACUCGCAAUGGGAAGGCUGGGACUGGGUCGAGAAGACCGUUGCGCAUCUGCUUGGUGAGAAACAGCGCCGUGAAUAUGAGCACCGCGAUGUCUCCAUGGACUCUAGACCUGAGUCUUCAAAUAUGCUUGCGCCUCAGUCGGCGGGGUCGGAUACGACGGAACGUCGGUCUAGCUCUGCUCAUUCGCGUAUGACUAUUGCCAGUAUUAUUUGA